AUGGUGAAAAAAUCAACCAAAGCUAAAAAACAUCUGGGAGAAUCGAAAUCAGCACUGUACGAAAAAGCCGAGAUGAUCCUGUUUAGACAAGCACAACUCCAAUAUCCACUAACUUCUGCGCUCAAUAAGCAGCUAAAUCUCUUCAGUUGUACAGAAACCAAUCUCUGGAAAUCAAAAGGAAGAGUGGACAAAGCCGAUCUUCCAACAGAAACGAUCACUCCAGUAUACCUUCCUCGAGAAAGCCACAUAACUUCACUCUACAUACUGCAUAUCCACCUCACGAACAAUCACUGUGGAAUAAACCAAACACUCACGGAAUUGCGCAGACGCGUGUGGAUAACAAAGGGCAGACUGGCUACAAAACGGACUCUCAACAAGCUUUACUUCCACUGCAAGAGAUACAAGGCUCGAUCGUUCAAACUCCUAGAAUUCCCCUCUCAUCCUGCAAGGAGAGUUAACAGACCACUCUACCCCUUUGAAAAGGCAGGAAUGGACUACACAGGACCACUUCCGUACAAAACCGACAGCAACUCAACGGAGAAAUACUGGGUCUUAUUGCUCACAUAUCUGAACACGCGUGCAAUCUACGUAGACAUCGUUGUCGACAUGUCUGCAAAAAUGCUCCUACAUAUACUCCGACGGUUUUUCGCUACAACAGCGUAUCCGCGAUGGAUUGUUUGCGACAAUUCGAAAACAUUCAAAGCAAUAGUGGAGUUGAUUGAAAAAGUGAUUCAUGUGGAAGAAUCUCAAGAAAUUUCACAGAAAGAAAUGAAUCACAAUGCUUUCCUGGAAGGUUAG